UAUUGAAUUAUGUAAUCCACUUUGAACUCUACAAAAUGGCCGAGUCGCAAACCAAUAAGCUUAUUCGUAUUCUAAAUGAUGAAGAAACGAAGGAACCAGGCGCGAUUCUCCAAGCGCUCGAGCUAUCUAGACAAAUGCAGCGACUUAUUUUAAAGAUGAAGGGAGAUUUUAUGGAUUCUGAUGGCAAAGGGGUUGAUUACAAUAGCUUGAAGGGAAGUGCACUUUUCCAGGAUUACAUCAGGAAAGCUAGAGAACUCAAAUUUGUAGACCUGUGGGGGUUAAACUUAGACGAGAAGAAGGCGUUUUUUAUUAACAUAUAUAAUGCUUUGACAAUCCAUGGGCUAGCAAGUCAGGUGGGAGCUAACCUGCCCAACUCAGUUUUGGAGAUUACAAACUUUUGGAAAAAAACAGCUUACAAUAUUGGUGGAUUCGUGUUGACUUUGGAUGACAUUGAGCAUGGAAUACUUAGAGCAAACAAGCCUCACCCAUCAAGCCCAGAGCCAUUAUUCAACCUUAAUGACCCCCGCCUGCAACUGACGCUGCCUUGUCUUGAUCCAAGGAUACAUUUUGCUCUUGUUUGUGGUGCCAAGUCCUGCCCAGCUAUUAAUGUGUACUCAGCCAAAAACUUAGAUGCAGGUCUCACUGCAGCAGCCAAGAGUUUUAUCACACAAGAAGUAUUUUUAUCAGAUGGAGUGGUCACCUUAUCCAAAAUCUUCAAUUGGUACAAAGGAGACUUUGCUACCGACACAGUUGGCCUGCUAAGGUGGAUUGCCCAGUACUCACAACCUACUGAUAAAGAACAAAUUGAAGAGCUAUUGAAAAAUGGCGAGGAAGCCAUCCAAUUACAGUGGAAAGACUAUAACUGGAAAUUGAACAAACUAUGAUAAGAUAAGGAGAAAGAUAAAGAAGGUACAAAUAUAUUUUCUUUUUUGUUAAUGUACAAGAACUAAAAGCACCUAUGAUUAUUUAUCAACUUGAGGUACAUGGUAAAUACAUAUUCACAUUUCCAGUUGAUUUUGAAUUGUGGUUAUAAAUAAAUUAUCCAUAAUAACAAAAUUACUGUGUAUGAAGUCAUGCAAUAUCCUUCAAAAUUAGAGCUAUUUUAGUUAAUCCAUAAGCUAGUGGCGUAUUCACAAAGUAAUUCUCUUAUUAUUGCAUACCAAAAGGUUAGAAAUCUACCCUUUCAUGGAUUAAUUGAAAUAACUCUGUAAACAUGGUGUGAACUAGAACUGCACAUUAUCACACAAAAUGUAAAUUUACAUCUCUUACAAAAAUAAACACAAAUAUUAUGAAAA